ACAAAAAAAUUUCCAAAAAAAAAAUAUAAAAAAAAAAUUGAAAAAAAAAUCGAAUACUCGAAUAUUGCCAUAUGAAAAAUGCAAAUAAAAAAUGCAAAACCAAAAAUCAAAAUGAUAAAUAGGCCCGUCGGCUUCUGGGGCAAAAUUGUCGGCUCUUUGUGCGUGAUCGCUGGUGUGCUGACAAUCGCACUGCCGGUACCGGUUAUCGUCAGUAAUUUCAAUUACUUCUAUCACCGCGAAACGGAUCAGGAGGAGAUGCAGAGCCAAAAUUUCAACCACGUUACAAGUUGUUCAUAUUUACCUGGUGCACUAGGUCAACAUUUGAAAAAAUCCUCACUCUCCGAGUCGUCAUCGGACAUUAUGGAUUUGGAUGAUGGCAUUGAUGCAACCACACCAGGUCUGACUGAUCAUACGGGCCGCCACAUGGUGCCAUUUCUGAGAACACAGCAAUCGUUUGAGAAGCAACAGCUGCAGCUCCAGCUGCAGCAGCAACAGCAGGAGCAACAGCUGCAGGGACAGCAGCAGCCAGGACAUCUGCAGGGCCAGAACGGCUUGAGGAGCACAAACAGCUUACAGUUAAGGCACAACAACGCAAUGGCCGUCAGUAUUGAAACCGACGUCUGACUACUAGUCAAACAAAUGGAAAACGGACGAAACUUGCGCAGUGAAAUGUUACGUUGGAUGCCAGAAACGUCAUCAAAAGCAGUCUAAUCUAGAAUUUUAUUAAUAAAUAAAUAUUAAAGUAAUAAUAACUAGUAAGCAGCGUAGUUGUAAAUUAAACAGCAAAUGUAAAACAAACCUACACACACACACACACACAUACAGACACAACACAUACAACACACAUAUAUACACACACACAGACAAACAGCCAGCUCAGCAGGCUUGAUAAAAUAGCUAAAAGUCAAGCUAGCGAUAGUUUUUUUUUUAAUAUUCAAAUUCGGCAGCCACAAUUUACACAGCUGCUCAAGGAACACACACGUACACAGACAUACACUCACACUUACACAAGGAUAAACAAAAGAUGAAGAAAAUGAUAACUCAACUUGAUACCUAUGUUCAAAUUUAGCAAUUAACUACUAACAAUCGUUAUAGUCACACACAAAACACACAAAAAAAGAAAACAAAAGCAAAAAAAAAAAAAAAAAAACAAAACAAAAAAAGAAAAAACCAUCAUAAAAAUUAAAAGAAAAAAAAAAACAAAACAAAAAAAGAGAAUUAUCUUAGUAGUCUAAUCUAAUUG